AUGGCAUUACAAUACUCACCAAAGAGCCUCCCUAAACAGAUAUUCAUUAACAAUGAAUAUGUCAACUCCAAGUCUGCUAAGAAACUCACACUACAUAACCCCAAGAAUGGCGAGCUCAUCGCCAACAAUGUACCCCUAGCGGGUGAAGAAGACGUUGACGCUGCUGUCGAUGCCGCCGAGAAGGCAUUUCCUGCAUGGAAGAAAAUGAGCGCCACUCAACGGAGAGGCAUACUGAACAAAUUCGCCGAGCUGAUCGAGAAAAACGCCAAUGAAAUCGCGCAACUAACGAGAAUAUCCCUGGGUUCGCCAGCGGCGUUUGGAGCCUUCGAGAUAGGGCUAUGUGCUGAGACCUUUAGAUACAAUGCUGGAUUCAUUGACAAGUUUGGCGGGGAGUCGUGGCCUCAAGAAGACGGUUUCCUCAAGAUAGUCCGCAACGAGCCAUUGGGCGUUGUAGCAGGCAUAGUACCUUGGAACGGUCCCAUUGGCACAAUAGGCCUGAAAGCCGCACCGGCCCUCGCAACAGGAAACUGCUUCAUCCUCAAGCCCUCUGAAAAAACGCCAUUUUCCUCUCUUGCUCUCGGUACACUUAUCAAGGAAGCCGGUUUCCCACCUGGAGUCUUCCAAAUCCUGUCUGGAGACGGCAGCACCGGCGCCCUCAUCGCCAGCCAUAUGCGCAUCCGCAAAGUAAGUUUCACCGGCUCCAUCGCCACUGGGAAGAAGAUCCAAGAAAUGGCCGCAAAAUCCAAUCUCAAGCGCGUCACCCUCGAGCUAGGCGGCAAGUCUCCAGCCGUCGUCUUUGACGACUGCAAUCUGGAAAACGCGGUGAAAUGGACGGCCGAUGCCAUCACGGCGAACACGGGCCAGGUGUGCUUUGCUGCUAGUCGCGUGUACGUGCAAGAAGGCAUUUACGAUGCGUUUAUCGAAAAGUACAAGGCUGCGAUGAAAGACAAGGUCAAGGAGAUUGGAGAUCCAGAUAAGACGUCCACGAACAUUGGGCCUCUUGUUGACGAAGCUCAAUUCAAACGCGUGCAAGGCUUCAUUGAGCGCGGUCAGGAAAAGGGCUACGGUACACUUGCUGUUGGCGGCAAUCGCGUCGGUAAUUCGGGAUACUACAUCGAGCCUACAGUCUUCACAGAUAUAGAUGAGAAGUCUGAGCUACACUGCGAGGAAAUCUUUGGUCCGGUUUCUGUGGUCAAAUCAUUCAAGACGGAAGAGGAGGUUAUGGCGUUGUCGAACAACACCAAUUUCGGACUCAUGGCUGGCGUAUUCACAACGGAUAUCAAUAGGGCGCUGCGUGUAGCGAGUGAGUUUGACAGUGGUAUGGUGGGUAUCAACUGUGUCAGCUUGAUGUUUAUGAAUACGCCGUUUGGAGGAAGUAAGGAGAGCGGACUGGGUAGGGAGUGUGGCAUUCAUGCGCUUAGGGCGUUCACGGAGCCGAAGACUAUCAUGAUUAACAUGAAUUUCUAG